AUGCAAAGGCUGAUGUUACGAAAUGUCGUUCGGGCUCACUUGAGGGAUGCACAUGGCACGAGUCUGGCGCUCAGACACACGAGUUCCAAGCCAGGGAGCUCCUCAUUCUCGGAUCCGUUUCCUUUACCGCUGUCGAGAGAUGUCCCGGCGGCCGAGAGCAACAGCAGCUCCAACGAUGGGCUCGACGAAUCACUGCUGCCCCCUCCUGUUCCUCGCCAUAACGAAUCCUUGGCCACUCUUCGAGCACGCCUAGUAUAUCAAACUCGCAAACGUGGGACACUGGAAUCAGACUUGCUAUUGAGCACGUUUGCCAAGGAACACCUUUCGAAGAUGUCGGAGCACGAGCUGAGAGAGUUCGACAAGUUGCUAGAUGAACCCGAUUGGGACAUUUAUUACUGGGCCAUCAACAAGAAGCAACCGCCGGCGAAAUGGGAAGGUACAGCACUGCUCGACAAAUUGCGUGUUCACGCCAAAAAUGAGGGCAAGGUGGUACGAAGCAUGCCUGCUUUGGGCGGGUGGACCUCGUCGCUUUCAGCCUCUCAGGGAUCGAGCAAAGAGUGA